GUUGGAGCACUUAACAUUGCUGUUGUCAUCAGGCUUGCGCAGUUUUCGGCCUAAUUGUCGGCACUCCAAAUUCUGUUAAAAGCCAUCACAAAAAACAAAGACCUAAAAUCAAAACCUAAGAUCAAAACUUAAGCACUGUAUAGCAUCUGGUUCAUUUGGAAGAACCGUUCCUGAAUGCUAACCCUUAAUCAUUUCACAGUUCAUCUGGUACUCGCAUUGACAGUGUUGUUAAUCUUACUUUAAAGAAGAAUUUGCAAUCGUAAUUAAUUAACUUCUCCCAAAAAGUAAUUACGUUAGUAACUCAGUUACCUGAAUGUAAGAAUAAUCGUAACGCAUAGUAACGCACGCCUUUCCCACCUCAGUAACGGUAACGGCGUUGCCAAGAUGAGAAAAGUAAUUACCGUAAUUUUUGGACUAUAAGCCGCUACUUUUUUCCUUCAUUUUGAAUCCUGCGGCUUAUAGUCAAGUGUGGCUUAUUUGUUGAUUUUUUUUGGGGGGGGGGGAUUAAUAGGUAACACUUUAUUGGACAGCGGCGUCAUAAGACUGUCAUAAGACCGUCAUAAUUAUGACAUGACACUAUCAUGGGCGUUACUGAAUGCUUAUGUCAUUAAGUGUCAUCUGGCAAAUUAUGUCACUAACUCCAUUUAUGUCCAGCUAGGAUCUUUUACAUCCAUUCAAAAGUGAGAUAAUUUGCCACAUAACACUAAAUGGCAUCUGUUAUAAUCAUUCAUAAAUGCUCAUGACAAUGUUAUGUCAUAAUUAUGAUUGUAUAAUGACAGUCAUAAGGCGCCACUGUCAAACAAGUGUGACCAAAUACCAUAACUAGCAAUUAAUGAAACAACUGGAACAGUAACUGAAGAAAUAAUUAGCACAGAGCAUGAAUUUUGAUCGCUAUUUACAUCUGUAGUGCUGCAAUGCAUGCUAGGAGGCAUGUUGGACGACAACAGCGUUGACAGCAGGUAGCAGCAGAGGUUGACUGUCUCCCCCAAGGGAGCAGUGAUGGCCAAAUGAACCUUCUUGAAGAAAUGAAUUCAUGCUGGUUCAUUUGGUCUUAGGACAGUCGUAUGAUGCUGCUGUCAAAUAAAGUGUUACCGGUUAAUAUCUUUUGGUGUAAAUAUCCCAUUACGCAGUGAGGACAGCUGUGGCUAAUAGUCCAGUGCGGCUUAUCUAUGAGCAAAUGCUGUUCUCUUGCCAAAUUUGGUGGGUAGCGGCUUAUAGUCUGGUGCGUCUUAUAGUGCGCAAAUUGAGGUAAUUAGAUUACUCACUCCUGAAGAAAAUAACGCCUUUAGUAACGCCGUUAGAAUAUAACGGCGUUAUUAACAACACUGCUCAUUGAUGAGUGAGCAGCCAGGCGUGGCAUCGUGCAUCAUGAAUUCAUGCUGCAGUCCAAUUCAUUGUACUGCUACUUCUGGUGUACCUGCUUUGGCCACCUGGGGGCAGAGCUGUACCAUACUCAUACAUACGCAAAUGGAGAAUAGACUUAUUUGUCUGGUACUAAAUAAAUGAUUGAAGUUUUAGUCUUUUUUUGUUAAGGAUAAAGCAUGUAUGCCUUAAAGCCACCUCAUCGUGUUCCUCCAUGAGGUCAUAAGGGCCUUCGCUUGGGUUAAAAAAGUUCUUUAUUAGCUCAGUGAGAUAAAGGGCUAACCUUUGUGGUGGUGGUACGAUACGGACGUGCCGUUUGUCACAGCUGCGAGGGGAAGAAGUGAGACAGGAAAUAGAAUAAACAUGUGAUAGAAGUAUCUGGAGACAGAUAAGGAAGUCAUGGCGAUAGGUGCAAGUUGUAGUUAUCAGCAUGACAAGAUUUUCACGUGGCGGUGAGAGCUUCUGACUCAAAAAGCCGACGGGAUAUUUUCUGCUCCCGAGCUUUGACCACAGUACAUACUUGCAGUCCCUUACCGCCUAUUUUUAGUGUUGGCCCUCGCAACAAUGUCAGGCGUAACUCGAUGCCAUCUGUUAAGUCAGAGCUGGUUGAAUGUCACUUGACAGAGGCAGAGGCGUCGCCAUCACCUUCCCGUCCACUCGCUCCAGUCCAGCGCUCCCAUGGAGUCUGAGGGACAAACCAGACUUCCCAUGGCCUGCCGCCUCCACGUUCCAGGCCCGGAUGUGGAUGAGGACGAGGGCGAGGUGGUGAUCAGCAUCAGGCCCAAGUGUUCUCCUCUACCCAGGAGAAGGAACUCUUUCUCGGACGAAGAAGAAUCGGGGCCCGAGUUUACACCUUCUGGCUCCAGAAGGGUGUCCUUUGCUGACGCCAAAGGUCUGAGUUUGGUGCACGUGAAGGAGUUUGAUUUGUGGGAUGUGCCAAAGCCGCCAGGAAUGGAAUCGUUGGAGGGCGACAGAAUAUCAACAGAGGAAUAUUCCCUGGCUCCACUGACCUUUCAGUUGCCAUUGUCUCCUGAGGAUCUGUUGGUUCGAGUCCAAGAGCAGAAAAUAGAGCUGGAGUCGCUUGAGUUGAUCCCGGGAACGACUACGCUGAAAGGGCUGAUUUGUGUCCUCAACAUGUCCUUCCAUAAGGCCGUCUACGUGCGGACCACUUUGGACUCCUGGGCCAGCCACUUUGACCUCCUGACCGAGUACAUCUCCACUUCCGACGAUGCUUACACGGACCGCUUCUCCUUUAAGCUCACCUUAGUGCCGCCUUUCCAGGAGCAGGGAUCUCAAGUUGACUUUUGCCUGCGGUAUGAGACGCCCAUGGGAACAUUCUGGGCCAACAACAACAACAGGAACUAUGUGUUGCUCUGCCAACAAAGAGCGAAAGAAGAGGAGGCCAAUCACGAGAAGCAAAAUGUGCAGAAGAAAAGCUGCUUGAAGAGCGUGAGUCAAAUCUUUGUGGAAGACACUUUGGAAACAUCACCCCAAGGAAACAUGUCAGAAGAUGUGCCAACAACAGAGGAUGAAGUCAAACAAGCCUUGCAACCUGAUCAGUCAAAAGAAGACUGUAAGAAUUUACAGGUUGAGAACAGGCAGAACUGCAACCGACGAACUCAGCGAAAGGCGGCCCGAAUGGCUCGGGUGAGGGACUACUUUUCUCAAAGAGGCGGCUUAGGGGACGAAAGCGACGCAUCACGUCUAGAGGAAAUCCCGGGGGGUGAUCAGGCAGCUGUGCAGUCUUUGUCCGAACAGAAACCAAAGCUUGGAGACUUUGGUGUUAUUACGGAAAAAACAUUAAGUGAAAUGCCAAGUCGACAAGAUGAGACACGGGCACAUAAUGAACCACAGACACCUGAGGAAAUAAGUUUGCCGUCAUUAAUGCAGGGAGACACAAGUGCACACAUGUCAAAUGAUAGGCCUCCUCCCACUGAACGUUUCAACACGUUUAUCUCUAAGGGUGAAGAGAAGACUGAGAGCUGUCGAAAUCAAAGCAACGGCAUCACCUUUGAACCUAUGGUGGCUUCCCUAUAUCAUCACUUGCUUGGCAGGACUGAAGAUGAUUGGACAUGUCCGGAGCAGGCUGAGGAACAAGACAACUCAAUUGGACAUAGAGUUCAAGAAAAUUUCAUCGGGAACAAAGAAGAUGUCACACCUCUGUCAACUUUUCAUAAUCUGGACAGCAACGACGUCAAGCAGCAGGCCAAUUUUGAUCGUGUCGCCGGGUCCAAGACAGAAGAUUCUGUGACGAAAUCAGUAGAAAAUACACAGAACCAUGAAGAAAUGUUGGAAAAUUCAACUAAAGACAACUCUCCGAUUGGCACUGAAAUGAGCUUGAACGUGUUGAAGAGUGACACGGCUUUAACUUCAUGGAGCUCAAAAACAGUUCAGAGUCAAUCAGAGCCGAUCAGCGAAGAUCACCAUGCCAAUGCCAGUCAAUGGGAGACUGCAGACUGGUCAGAUACAGAAGAUAAACAGAUCGGUACACAGGGCCAUCAACAACAAGAAAAUGAGAUCAACAACUUGACCGAAGAGUGCUGUGACUCCAAUUUUAAUAUUUCCCUUCCUGUAGACAACAUUUGGAGUUUUGAAGCUCAGACAAAUUUAAACAUGAAGGAGAUGAACGCAGACUUGGACUCACCAUCAGAAGACUCACUUUGUCUGAGCUUCGAGCCAGUAACUAUUCAAGUGCCAACAUGUCCACCAAUACAUCUAUCUGCAGGUGGAAUCCAAAAUAAUGUCACACUUUUGUCGACUUUCCAGAAUUUGUCUAGUGAGGAAGUCAAGCAUCUGACCAAUUUGGAAUUUGCAGAAUUGUCUGAUUCGGAUUAUUCAUUGGUAGGAUCCAAAAGUAUUUCCCCUGCAGAAGCUUUGAACAGUCCCAAAGAUAGCAAUUACUCAGCAAAUGAUGGACAUGAAAGAAAUGAGUUAGUCAGAAAACCUCAUGACUUUGUCGAAACCCAAGAAGAAACUUGCAUUAGAGAUGACAAAAUGCACCAUGUUCAUGAGGAUGAAGAUGAGCUGAAGACAAAAGUGUUGACAUGCGACAAUCACUCACAAGUUGUGUCGUUUUUUGUAGCCGAAGCCAACACUUUGCAAGAAGUCCUUCAGGAGCCUAUAAGCUCUGCAGAGAUAGACAAGGUACAAAACUGGGAGGCCAUGUUGGAGGAAGAGAACGUAUUAGAAGAAGAACCAGAGGACAUUCAGAACUGUCCAGGAAUAGAAGAGCUUGAUAACCUGAAAGAGGAAAUAGUGGGGAUGAAAACUCCUACGGUAGAAGAACCACCCCUAAACAAGACUGUUAGUGGAGUUGAAGAACAUUUUGAGGAGAUGCGAGAAGGCAAAAGGAAGGUUGAAGUUACGGAGGAGGAGGGCACCAAUGAAAAUGCAGUAUGCAAAGGGUUAGGAGAAGAUGAGCGAGAUGUAGAUAAACGGAAUAAUGACAAAUAUGUGCCAGUUGAUGGAGCAGAAGACAAAGAUGACAGUGUAGAUCAAUGGAAAAAUGACAAAUACCUCCCAGUUGAUGGAGCAGAAGACAAAGACGACAUCAAGAGGUGGCAAUUCCACCAAAAUGAGCCCAAAGAUGAACCCUUCACUCAUCUGCGCGAGGCUACUGAACCCAGACAAGAUCCAUCUGCACAGUUUCCAGAUGAAUCUGCGCUCCAUGAAGAAGACGAGUAUAACAACAGGCUGUCCACAGAACCAGAGAGUGACGCCUCGGCAGACUCCGACUCCGAUGACGAAGUAGAGCUCCACAUGCACUGCCUGCGCGUGGUCCAAACCAAGGACAAGAGUGCCGAACUGGCUUUCAGCUUGACUAAGAGGCCUUCACUAAGCAGGAGCAAACCGCUCUCCUCACCCAUGCCAUCCAUAAGUGAGGCUCUCGACGAAGAACGUGGCGGCUGCCUUCAGGAAGGUGACACGCAAGUGGAAGAAGCAAGUCAGCCGACGCCAAGCGAACCUGAAAUCAUCGACAGAAACGUGGCGAGGUGGCGUGGUACUUGUACCCGCAGCUGUGUUUCCAAAACCUUGUUUUAUGCCACUUUGUUGGCGGUGUUUGUAGUCACGGCUUAUUAUUACGACUUUCUUGCCUGUUUUGGCCUCUACUUGAUUUCUGUGGUGUGGCUUUUGUGUCAAGGAGAGAAACAACCAAUUAAAGACAACUCAAUUGGCUAAAUUCCAGUUUCAAAAUGUAUGAAAAUUCCCAACAUUUUUGACAAACAACACUCGUUUUCCUGCUACAUUGGACUUUUUUUUUAGUAUGAGCGCUCUCUAUCUUCCAUCUGAACGUCUUGUCCUCACGACUGAACAAGAAUCCUAUUGACUCACAAAAAAUAUCCCAUCCAAAUAUCUCCACAUAACACAUUACAACCCAUCUGCUUUUACCGUAAUUUUCGGCACACUUACACACACACACACUAUAAGGCACACUUGACUAUAAGCCGCCACCCACCAAAUUUGACAUGGAAACUGCAUUUGUUCAUAGAUAAGCCGCACUGGAUUAUAAGCCGCAGUUGUCCUCAAUGUAUUAUAUGCUAUUUAUUUACACUAGAGCUGCAGCUAUCGAUUAUUUUAGUAGUCGAUUAAUCAAUUAACUAGUUUGUCGAAUAAUCAAGUAAUCGGAUAAGGAACAUGAAAAAUGAAAAUACCUGAGCUGAGCCUCAAACAGUAUGAAAAAAAUAAUUAAAUAAGGAUCUAUGUUCAACAAAAGAACAAUUGGCUAACUUACAUAGAAAAAGGCCACUAGCUUAAAUGCUAUAAAAUGCUAAUUUUUAAUUUUUUUAUGCUCUUAACAAAUGGUUCUGACACAUAUUUCCACAAAAAAAAAGCCAAAUGAAUAAUAUAUAAUAUACCCAUAAACUAAAUUACGAAUGCAUUAAAAAAAAAACUAGGGCUGUCAAACGAUUAAAAUUUUUAAUCAAGUUAAUUACAGACUAAUUAAUCGUAAUGAAUCGUAAUUAAUGGCAAUUCAAACCAUCUAUAAAAUAUGCCAUAUUUUUCUGUAAAUUAGUGUUGGAAUGGAAAGAUAAGACACAAGAUGGAUAUAUACAUUCAACAUACGGAACAUAAGAACCGUGUUUAUUAUAACAAUAAAUCAACAAGAUGGCAUUAAGAUUGUUAACAUUCUGUUAAAGUGAUCCAUGGAUAGAAAGACUUGUAGUUCUUAAAAGAUAAAUUUUAGUACAAGUUAUAGAAAUUUUAUAUUAAAACCCCUCUUAAUGUUUUCAUUUUAAUAAAAUUUGUUAAAUUUUCAGUCAAAAAAUAAACUAGUAGCCCGCCAUUGUUGAUGUCAAUAAUUACACAAUGCUCAUGGGUGCUUAAGCCCAUAAAAUCAGUCACACCCAAGCGCCAGCAGAGGGCGACAAAACUCCAAAAAACACAAGUAACAAGUAACAUUGCACUGUGCUGUCAUUUUAAUCUGUUUGAGCGGGGCAUGUGCGUUAAUUGCGUCAAAUAUUUUAACGUGAUUAAUUUAAAAAAUUAAUUACCGCGUGUUAAUGCGAUAAUUUUGACAGUCCUAUUAAAAAAAAACAUUAGCUCAAACAAAAACUUAGCUUAUGUUGAUUUUAACAUGGAGCAGCUGGAUUCAGCCAUGUGAAAUGAGGCAGACUAGAGGGCAGUGUAUUCACUCAAAUCAAUAAAACUGAAUGCAAACACUUUCAAAAUAAACCACUACAACACCACAAUAAUUAAACGAAUACUCGAAGCAGCAAAAUUUAAUUUGAAUCUUUUUUCCUAAUCGAAUACUCGAAAUAAUCGAUUAAUCGGUGCAGCACUAAUUUACACCAAAAAAUAUUAACCAGUAACAUUUCAUUUGACAGCGACAUCAUAAAACUUUCAUUAGACCAAAUGAACCACCAUGGAGCUUUGAACCAAUUGGCUGCAAUACUUCAUUGCUUCAAGAAAAUUCAUUUGGCCAUUACUGACAGUCAACCACUGCUGCCACCACAGUCAACCACUGCUGUUACCUGCUAUCAACAUUGUUGUCGUCCAACAUGCCUGCUAGCAUACAUUGCAGCGCUACAGAUGUAAAUAACAAUCAAAAUUCAUGUUCUGUGGUAAAUAUUUCUUCAGUUACUGUUCCAGUUGUUACAUUUAUUGCUAGUUAUGGUAUUUGGUUACACUUUAUUGGACAGUGUCGCCAUAAGACUGUCAUAAGACAAUAAUAAUUAUGACACGGCAAUGUCAUGAGCAUUAAUGAGUGGUUAUAACAGAUGUCAUUAAGUGUAAUUGGAUGUAAAAUUUAUUGACAUUUGCCGGAUUACACUUAAUGACAUCUGUUAUAACCACUCAUUAUGUAAUUGGAUGUAAAAUUUAUUGACAUUUGCCGGAUUACACUUAAUGACAUCUGUUAUAAGCAUUCAUUAAUGCUCAUGACUUUGUCGUGUCAUAAUUAUGAUUGUCUUAUGACAGAUUUACAUUCAUUUAGUGUCAUCCAGCGAAUUAUCUCACAUUUGAAUGUUUGUUAAAGUUAGUGACAUAUUUUGACGGAUGACACUUAAUGACAUCUGUCAUAAGCAUUCAGUAAUGCCCAUUACAGUGUCAUAUUAUAAUUAUGAUGGUCUUAAUGACGCCGUUGUCAAAUAUAGUGUUACCUAAUAAUACAAAUAAAUCAACAAAUAAACCACAGUGGACUAUAAGCCGCAGGAUUCCAAAUGAGGGGAAAAAAGUAGCGGCUUUAAGUCCGGAAUUUACGGUACUCAAAAAAAACACAAGUCCUGUAUGCAGCAAAGUCAAUUUACAAAUGUACGAAUGAACAGCUAAAUGACACCUAUCUGUGGAAAUAUGAUAGCUUCAUCUGCCUUCUGUACAUUGUCGCAGCUUGUAUAAAAUGUAAAUGAAAAAUCUAAAUUGCACUGUGUGACAUUUUUAGGUUAAGACAUUUGAUUUAUUGACAGACAUACAAAAUUGAAACAUGUUUCAGGGUAGAAUAUAUUAUGUACCACCUCUAUUAAUAGAUGUUUCUGGAGGUACAUACUGUACAGUAAGCAGUCUAUAUUGAAACAUGUAUGUUGCUAAAAAUACAGUAUCACAAAAGUGAGUACACCCCUUGCAUUUCUGCAGAUAU